UCAUCAAAGCGGAGAAAAGAGUAAAUCGAAAAUCGAAAAGAAAGAGAGCGAUAAUAAAGAGGAAAACAAAAAUGAUAAAAAUCAACAGUCCAGUAAGGAUACAACUAAGAACACUUUUAUAUCACUUACCGGUAAAACGUCUUUUGAGGCGGAGGAAGAACGAUUGAAGAAAGAGUUGGAAUCUAAAAAUAGUACGACAUUAGUCGUGGAAUCUGAGGAAGAUAAGUCCAAAAACACGAUAGGGAAAAUAUCUGUUAAAAAAGAUCUGACUUUAGUAAAAGCUAAUGCCGUCGUCAAUAAGGAAGAAGAGCCUACUAAACAAACUACGUUUAAACGUUUAGCUGACAAAUACAACCCAAAGCCUAAAAAACCUACAGUUGAACAAGAAGUGGAUAAAGAGGUAUGUGACAUCAUCGAGGAAAAUAUGAAGACGUCGCCACCAAAGCCACCUGUAAUUAACCAGAUACCAGCACCGAUUCCGCCGCCUGCCAGCUUGUUAUUAUGUUCCCAGAUGGAACCUGAAAAGCCGGAACCCGUCCCCGCUCCACUACCAGCCGUUCUACAAAAUAUUUUAAAUCCAAGUACCACAGAAUUGAUCAAUACUGUGGUGAGUCAAUUAAGGCAGAAUAAUGCGGAGACCGAGAACAGAAUCAUCCCGCGUACGCCAUCUGUAGAUAAUUUCGUCUCGGAUUACGCUAGAGACGAGAACUUUGUAUCUGAGUAUACCAGAGAGGAUUUCACUCGUGACGACUUCACUCCCAGUAACAUCCAUAUAUCCGAUUUUAAUAAUUUUACACCUCAUCAACCUCAACCUCCACCCCCACUUCCACCUCAACAGGUCAGGCGCGAAAGGCUCAACUUUGAACCUCCAGUUCCUCUUUUGAAUAACCAAUUCAAUCAAAUAGGCCCCCAGAACCAACGAUUCAUGUCUCCUCUAAUGGGAGAAGCGUUUAACGAUAAUUUUUCGCAGAAUAGACCGUUUACUCCCAUGCCACAAGGCUUUCCCCAAAGUUAUAAUAAUUUCCAGACAAACCAAAAUGCGCAAUCUGACAUACAGCCUCUAGAUUACUAUCCACCAAAUGCGCCAAUUCCUUCAAACCAGUACAACAGUGGCCCACCACUCUUAUCUCCUGAGGUUCCGCAUUUUCAUAAUGAACAAAAACCUACCAAUUUCGGCAUGAUACCAAAUCACGAUCCGUUUGGGCACAACGAGGACAUGCGGUGGAGGCAAGAAGACACUCGCUUUCCAUGGGAGCGAAGAGAUCAGGAUCAUAGAUUAAAUAGAGAUCCGAGAACUUAUAGGGAGUAUAGAGAAAUGAGAGAAUCUAGAGACCCUAGGGUAAUGAACCGCGAUCCUAGGGAUAACAGAGACCAAAGAGACACGAGAACAGUAAGAGAUCCAAGAGUUAAUAGAGAUUUACGGGAAAAUAGAGACUCAAGAGACAGAGAUCCUAGAUUGAAUAAAGAUAGAGAAUCUAGGGAUUUCGAAAGGGAUAGGUCGAGGUUUCGAGAUGGUCGAUCUCAGAGCAGAGACGAUAGACCUAGUAGAUACGAUUCUAAGUUUGAUAGGAUGUACUCUAGAACUAAUAGAGAUCGUUCCAGGUCCCGAUCUAGAUCUAGGUAUUCCAAGGAAACCUUCACUUCCCCUCUUGAUAGUCUGUAUUCCGGUAAAGAAGAACACAAGACUGGUAAAGGUUAUGGCGUCCAAAACUUUCGAAUACCCAAAAUUAAAAAAGAGGACGAAGAAAAAGAACAGUCGACGAAAGUAUCCAGCACUAACGAAGAAGUUUGUGAUGUACAAUCUGUUAAUGACGACAGUAGCGAUAGUACCAAUAAUGAAGUUACUGGAAAUGAUAUUGAAACCGAAGUUGAUGAAAAUAAGUUAGUAAUAGAUGCUACUAAAGAAGAUGCUACUAGAGAUGCUACUAAAGAAGAUGCUACUAAAAAAGAUACUACUAAAGAAGAGACUACUAAAGAAAGUGGAGUAAAUGACCAUGAAAACGAAACAACUGAAAAAGACACAGAAGUUGAGAAAACGAACCAAGAACCACCAAAACUACAGAAUGAAACAGAAGAAGCAAAAAUCGUUGAGAUUCCUAAACCCACGAUUCCAACACAACUUGUUGAUCAAGAACAGGCGAAACCUGCCGAUCAGACGAUUCUUGCCCAGUUCUUUGCCAAUCUACUCGGUAGUCAGAACAAAAAAGAGAAGAAAACGGCAUUGUACUCUUUAAUAAGCACCUUUUCAGACAGUUUCAGUGAAAAGGAAUUAACGAAAAUAACGAAAAUUAUUAAAGCUGAUGAGGACGCCGAGAGUUCAGAAGAAGAGGAAGUAAAAAAAUCUGAACCGAAACCUGAUUCUGAGACGACUAAAGAACUAGAAAAGGAAGCGGAACCGGAAGAAACCCAUUCUGAAGACACUCCCGUGAAAAUGCCAAAACGUAAGACUAGAAGAAGAAUUCGAAGAAUUUCUUCGACGGCUUCUAUAAAAGAUGAAAAGGUCAAGGAGGAAGAAAUUGCUAAAACUCCCGAACCACCGGAAGUAUUUAACACCGAAGAAGAAAGCGUUGUAGUCUCUGUAGGUGAGAGAAUAAAAAGCAGAAAACGUGCCUCAAUAACUCCACCAAAACCAAAGAAAAAAUGUAAAACGGAGCUUGAUAUGUUACACGAGGAUAUACAAGAUAUGUUCAUACGAGACGGCGUGCUCACAGCUAGUGGUAAACGUAUGUGCAGGCUGUUAAAAAGCGAUCCUAAUGCAUUAACGACUCCUCAAACAACUCCAUCAACCGAUCCUCCAAAAUUACGUAAAAAACCUGGUCCGAAGCCCAAACCAAAAUUAAACCAAUCUGAUAUGAAAACUGUAAAAAAUAUUCGCAUAUUACUCCCUAAAAUUCCUGACAGCAGCUUAGAACAAAAAAAUGCGAGUCCUAGGAGAAGUCUUAGGAGUUCCACUAAGGCUGUAUACGCAGAAAGCGAUGAAGACGAUAAAGCACCAACUGAAGAAGAAUCAAUAAUGGAGGAAGGAUCAUUUAAAGAGGAUUCUGACGCAGAAUCCACGGACACAGAAAAAGAUAAGAUAUCGCAAGCAUCAGAUAACACUACUAAAGCUAAAAUGACAAAAAGAAAGCGAGGCAAAGGCUGGGCAUCUGGAAAUAUCCCUUCCAAUAAGAAGAAAAAGAAGAAGCUAUCAUCUGUUGAGGAAUCGACAGAAAAAGUUGAUGAUAAAAGCACAUCUGCUGCUCAGCCCGAUACAGACAAAUCCUUUGUUGUACCAGAUAAGAAUUACUAUAUUGAUUUUGUCACGAACAAGUCUCACGAAUGUAGACUAUGCGAUUAUCAUGGCAGAUUCAUCACAACUCACUACAAAUCUCAACAUCCAGAGUCGGAAAUAUUAACCUCCCGUUUCUCUCCUGCAGUGGCACAAGAGGCAAUUGAAGAUUCAAAUAAAAAUCUGGUCAAAUACGAGAACAUGAUGGUGUGCGGUAGUGGAAAGUUCCACUUUACUUGCAGGUUCUGCGCUUUUAACACCAGUGUACCACCUACGAUAUUUUACGAUCACAUUACCACUCACACUGGCGAGUAUAGACAUGUCUGUCCCAUGUGCGACUUUUCUGCCUCUAGCGGGAAGACAUUGAAAUCACAUAUGUCCAACGUCCACAACAACAUUGAAAGGAGAGUGGCUCGCAAGUCUUACAGAGAAACGAUUGUCUUUGGUUACAUGUGCGGAGAAUGCAACUACGUCCAAUUGACAGAAAAAAAUGUCGAGGAGCACAUUAAUAUAUUCCAUUUACAAAAGCCUACGAUUUACAAAGUCAACAUGUCGACUACUUUUGACCCUGAGGUGGCAAAUCUGGCUGAAAAAGAGAAAAGAGAUACUGCCUCACCAGCAACUGCCUCUGUCGAAGAAAAAAGUGAGGAAUCACUUGUUAAAGAAAAGAAAAAUAAAGUGGACAAAGCUGACAAACCGAUGCUUCCCCCUCAACUUAAGAAACGUCCUAAGGCAGCUCCUAAAUCAGUGAAAGACAGGUUAAAAGCUAAAAAAGCAUUAGCUGAGAAAGAAGCAGAAGUCUCCGACACUAGCAGUAUCGCAGAGAGUGAAUCUAGCUGUAGUUUGGAACCGGAAAAGACCGGUACACCUGAACCUGUAAAACCGGUAACUGUUUCUAAAAGGCGGUUAACUAGGGAAGUAUCGACGACUUCAGAAGAAGAGGUUGUCGUAAGUGGCAGAAGUAGACGUGCUGCUAAAGAUAAAGCCACAGAAAAACUGAAGACUCUGAUGGAACUAACAGAAAAUGGAGGCAGGAAAAAAUCGUAUUCUGAGACAGGGGACGAAGAUAAGAACAAAUCAAAGCAAGUUGCGGAGACUAAAACGAAUGACGAUCAGACCGAGGACAAAAAAGAACAGGCAGCUAAAGUAGAGCAAAAGUCGUUACCAGAGAAGAAGGAAGAAAAACUGAAAAUUAAAAAGGAAAUAGAAUUGAACGUAUUCACUUGCAAAACUGACAUUCAAGAAGAGAAUAAAAAAAUAGAGCAAGAGCGUUUGCAGCUAAUGGACGAACUUAAUAAGUCGGUCGGUAAUAGAACAUCUCUAAACUUCGUGGACAAACUUUGCAACAGAUUGAGCAACAAUGACAUCAUAGUAAAGCAGGAGCCGAGAGACGACCUUACCGACAGUCUAUUUCCAACAAAUACCACAGACGUGCCUCUCACUAUGCCAGUAUUGGAGAAAAAUCUACCUACACCGAAUGAAUCGGCUCCGGCGAAGGCUCCAACCACUCCAACGCCCCCUCCCAAAAAACCAGUGUUGCAAACUGAAGACAUGCAAGUAUCAAACCCUAGUUUUGACGUCACCCUGAAAAACAACAAAAUUAUCACAGACAUGAUACAAAAACUUAAAGGCAAAGUGGCCAACAUCUCCGACGACAAAUCCGAGAACUCCAUGACAUUGGAAGACGUGGACUAUGACAACGAGGGCCCACCACCACUGACACAUGUUAACAAACUACCAAACGUUAAACCGGCCGAUGUGUCUACAAAGACAAUGUUAAUAGGAGGCCUGGUGAAAGUGAUCAAGUACCCUAGUCACUUAAUGUUUUCUUGCCUGGUACCUCCUUGUCUCUUCUCAACGGAAAACAGAGAAGCUUUCCAGAAACACUGCUCGGAAGCGCACAAGCUGCCACUAGAAGAGAAACUGACUCUAUGCGAUAUGUGUGGCAUGGAACUGGGGUCCGCAGAAGGCAGCCCCUUCUUGGAAAACAUAUUUAAGCACGCCCUCGAAGAGCAUGCGGACUUUAUGAGUAUCGAAUCGAAGCCUGAGGAAAAGACGAGCUCCAUUAAACAUCCAAAUAGACAGUUGAGGUUAAGGAAGUUGAGCGGAGACGCCUUGUCUGUUAUUAAGAAGGACUGGGAGGAAGAAAUCGACAAAACGAGUAAAGAACCUGCAGAGAAUAAUAAAGAGGACGAAGAUGUCGCCCCAGUGGCUGAAGCAGCCGUCGAUGAUGGUGAAAGUGUGGACGAACCUACAGCAAGCAUUGCUGAACUGGAAGUGAGUGACGAGAAUCCUUUCCCAUUCAAAAUUGCUGGGGUGAUGUCUUUGGCAGAGCCUGUACCCCCCUUGACGCCCAUAACUAAACCCGCUUUGCAAAUGCAGGCUACAUCACAGUUGGUAGUGAAGGAAGCUAAGCUCAACCAAACCGAAGUCAGCAGGCCGAGGAAAACGCCCAAGGCGAUGGCAAAGUUUAUUGCGAGCGUCAGUGACUUGUAUAAGUGUCCGCAUUACUACUGCCUCUUCUCCACCAAUUUCAGGGACUUUUUAGAAAAGCAUUUGAAAGCUCAUAAAGUGGAACACGACAUGAUGAUCCCCUGCGUGUAUUGCGACAUGAAGACGCCCUGGGAACACGUCCCUAUGCACAUAGACAUCCGCCACGCUCAUUGCAGAUUUGCCUGUUCGUAUUGCUUGUAUAGGGCGGUGCUGAAGGAGUACGUGUUCCUACACCAGGACCAGAUGCACCCAGAAAACGACUACUCCGUUAUAGCCCUGCCGCAGCCAAAACAUUCCAAGAAGUGGGCCAUCGCAGACAUCAAAGUCGAUCCCAAGACCUUGUGUGAACCUUACAGGUGCACUCCCAUGUGCGGCGUGGAGUUCCUCUUUGAAAAUGAGUUCAGGAAGCAUCUUAUGGACGUGCACAAAUCCAAUUUCAUUCAAUGCGGCUACAAGAAUUGCACGCACAGGGUCCAAGCCAACAAGAUGUCCUGUCACUGGUCCCUGAGUCAUAGUAUUUCGAUGUAUCAAUGUGGCCAUUGCAAAAUGAACGGGAGCGAUAUUAAAAGAUUGUACAAACAUUUCGCGCUAUUUCAUCAAGGACUGGUGCCCGAUAUAUUGAUCAGAAAGCAUGCUCAACUCCAGGAUGGUGUCCACCUAGGAUACUCGCCAGAAGCUUUCAGCGUCUUGAGGAAGAUCAUCACCAUACCUAGCAAUAUUUCAGGCGAGAACAAAGCAGAAACGUUUGAGGUAGAACCUGCAACAGUACCUGUUAUUCUACCCAGUAACACGGUACCUUACGGAGUACCGACUAAAGCUACCUUGCAAGUGGUCACGUCUUUGUCGCAGAAUAUUACAAAGAGCGUUAUUAUUCCCGGUAGUAAAUCAGUUAUAAAUCGCGCGAUAACUCUGGUUACUUCCAAAUCUCCUACUAACACCGGUAAUAUCUUGCUCAUGCCCAAUGUUACCACCUGUAACACCUUGAGCGGCAUAGUAUUGUCGCCACAGACUAACAAACAAGUUACGUCGGUGGCCGCUAUCGGUAAGACGCUUAAAGUCGUACCAUCCGUACUUAGCCCCGCAGCGACAACUCCGCCAUUGCAAGAAAUCUCCGUAAGUCCUCCCCAGAAGGAUAACGAGGGCGAUAUGGAAAAGAAAGGUCGAGAGCUCGAUCUGACCAUCGAACCCCUCGAACAUAUCACUCUCAGCGAGGAUAACAGCCAGAGCAACGAGGAAGCCGAUACGUGCGAAGUGGAUCCGCUCAGUUUGGAGGCCGAUGCGGACAUCACCGACAUAUCCAAGUCGGCGGCUGACAGCUCGGGCGACGAGAGCGACAAACUGGACAAGUCCAAGAAAGAAGCGAAGAGCGGCCUGAUGAGUUACCAGCUGUACAGAUGCGCAUUUUGCGACAUAUCCUUUUCCAACUCCGUAGACUUCAAGAGGCACGCGACGUUCUCCUUGAAUUGCCGUAUAGAAUCUCAGGUGGUGAAACCCUUUGUUUGCGUACAUUGCGAGAAGCAGCUGAAGAACCCACACGUGUUGGUGGAGCACGUGCAGUGCCACGGCGUGCUGAGGUUCACUUGCUCCUUGUGCGGGAGCAAGUUCGCCACCAUAGCCCAGACGAGAAACCACAUAAAGAACCGUCACAACAUCACCCACACCUCAAUGACGCCCCUGAACCCAGCCAAGCAAAGCAUCGACAUUGAUGAGUUCGUGGUGAGGCCGAAGCUUAUGCUUCAAAUGGGAGCGGCGAGGGACGCCUCCCCAGCCGAGCUGUCCGCAUCCAGUUCAGCGUCGGAGAACGUCUACACACCGGAAACGAUCGAACAGAUACCCAUGAGGCACAUACUCAGCUCGAGCGUCAAGUGCGGCCUCUGCUCCUACACCACCAAGGUCAGGACCAACAUGGUGCGACACCUGCAGUUCCAUUCCGAGGAGAAGGUGGUUCCCGACACCGCCCCCGUGAACCCGGUGCCCUGUCUGGAGAAGAACGAGAAAAUGUUCGACAAGAUGAUCAACCUGGCUUCUAGUUCUCACGCGAACAGCAGGAUGGGCGGCGCCAAGCCGGACGCUAAAGAAAAAGAAACCGAGAACUAUCCGGAAUUCGUCCCGUCUCACUGCCGCUACGUGUGCUGCGCACACGGCUGCAGUUAUAUCUGCCCGGAGGAGGGGAACCUCCGCCACCACCUCAUAGCUCUGCACGACAGCGAGACCUCCUUCACGUGCGUCCACUGCAAAGCCGAUCUGACCCCCACCGACGCCGACAGCCUCAUCAAGCACUUCAAAUUCCACGGCCUGCAGCUGUAUAAGUGUCAGUACUGCUCCUUCGUGCACAACCUGAAGCACAAGAUCGAGAAACACAUCUCCGACGGCCACCUUGAUCUCCCAAUCAAAAUCAUCACGGUGAGGUUCAUGGAGGCCGAACCCAAGGACAACGCCCAGGAGCCGUCGACGUCGAGCGCGCAAAGUACUCCUGUCCCGCCGGCCGCUACCAAGCUCUACAAACCCUGGAGGUGUUGCAUGUGCAAGUACAAGAGCGGCACCCAGGAGGGCAUACAGAACCACGUCCUGGAGAAGCACGAGGUCGAUUCUCAAUUCAAGUGCGCCCUCUGCACGUACAAGACGAACGAUAAAGAGACCUUCACCGAUCACUUCAAGGACACCCACGACAAUCAGGGCAUAGAUAUCAUAUACGCUUAUCGGAAGAUGGAAGAGGAUAAGGAGAAGGAAUCGGAGACAUUCGACACCACGCCGCUGUGGCAGAGGGAUAGGCCGAGGGUGCGACAUAUUCGCGGCAUACUCUUCGACGAAGCCUCUCCCGCGCCCGUUAAAUCUCCGAAGAAGUCGAAAUCCGCAACGCCGAUGCCUGGACCGAGCGGGGCGAGAGCUGUGGCGCCUUCUCCGGGACCUAGCGGAGUGAAAGCUCCAACGCCCACCCCUGGAUCCAGCGCCGCGAAUAGCUCAACACCUCCCGAGGCGACAAGCAACCUGGACAUAUCCAUCGAGUCGGUGGUCAACGGCACCGCGGAAAUCUUGAAGGAUUCCAGCAUCUCCGAUGACUUCUUUCACACCGUCAACAAGAUAAUGAGGGAAUCGAACGAGGACAUAGCCAAGGCGAGAGACAGCAUGGUGAUCGUAAUCGAAGACGAGGACGAGCCAAUCGCGAAGAACAAGGAUAACAAGGACGCGCCCGUGGCGAAGAACAGGGCGACGAAGAGGAAGGGCGCGGAUGUGGCGGGCGUCAGCAAAAUCGCCAAGAUCAGCGACGAGAUCAUUGACCUGGAGAGCAGCGGCAGCGACUCGGAACAGGACGAAUUCAGCGAAAGGAAUCUGAAGUUGCGCUUCGGCGGAUUCGGAAUGCCGCUCUGGAAGCAGUUCAAAUGUCCCAUGUGCAACAUGUUCAAGUCCAAGAGGAUAUCCGACUUUGUCUUCCACCUCUUCAAGGAGAUGAAGGUGUUCAGGUUCAAGUGCAAGGUGUGCACCGACGAGAGCAUAACUUACCGCUACAUGCACAAACACGUCAGUGACCACCACCAGGAAAGGAUCAGCAAGGAUGAGAUAGUUUUUUUGCCGCCUAACGAGAAGUUGCUGGCCUGGCUGCAGAUGGUCAUCAGGGAGCAGAGCGUCAUCAUCACGCAGAACUACCCGAAGUCCCCACAGCCCGCGGCCGCCGGAGACCAGGACCCCGUUCAGUGCGACUUCUGCAGCUCAAAAUUCCGGAACGAGCAGGAGAAGAACGAGCACUGCGUGAGCCAUUGGACCGCGAAGCCCUACAACUGCUCCUCGUGCUCGUACAGUUCAUACCUACAGCAAGACGUCCUGAAACACUUCAGGUCGAGCCACGAGAAAGACGCUUCGAAAACAAAGGAGAGCGAAAUGAUGGUCACCGGGGGACCCACCGUGGAGAGGUUGUUGAAGAUUUCCGACGAGCAACACGAGCAGGAGGCCCAGGCCAGGCUGCUUCCGAAGGUGACCGACGUUCCAGUGCUGGUGCCCAUUACCAAGAACGUCCAGGACCCCUUGGCCGACAUUCCCGUGGACGAUCCAGUCAAAGACCCUCUGGACGUCCCGGUGUCUUUGAUUUGCGACGAAGAGUUAGGAAAUAAAGAAGAGGACGCGGCGCUGAGCGACAGCGACCUGAUCAUCGUCACGAAAACCGACAGCGCCGACGUGCCGACGGAGGGCGACGUCUACUGCUGCGAGUACUGCGCCUUCAUGACCAACUCCGAGGUGCAGGUCAUAAGCCACAUCAGCGGCUUGCACGAGCACAUGCACAUCAAUUUCAAGAAGCUGAACAGGGCGAGGUGUGAGGACCCCAAAGAGCACGUGGGGUGUUCCUUGUGCUCGGAGGUCGGUUCCGAGGUGAAGAUCCGCCUGCAUCAUAUGGAGAAGCACGAUAGACUGCCCCUGUACCUCUACAGGUACCAGUGCGCGUUGUGUCCCCAACGGAAGAAAUUCCUGAAGUUCAUGGGGCUGAAGGUGCACUUCAACAGGGUGCACCAGGGGGCCCCGAUGCAGUACACGUCCAUAUACGGCUGCAACACCGGCGGGAAGGCCGCCGGGGGAAUGAAGACGUACAAGUGCCCCAUCUGCCCGUACGUGAGGAAUUUCAAGCCCAACGCAGUGAACAACAUCCGGCAGCACGUCAAGCAGCAUUUCAAAGCCUUCAUGUGCGGGAUCUGUUACACCACCAAGUACAAGACCAGGGCGGACGUCCUGUUGCACUUCUCUAAGGAGCACCCCGAAGUGCAGGACCCGAGGGUAGAGCAGGACAUGCAGCUGGUGGAUAACUAUAACUCCACCAUGGCUGGCAUAAUCGCGUCCGCCGUCGAGGUUGCCAGGGAGCCGGAGGUAAAGAAUACGGCGAAGAAAUCCACGUCGACACCGCAAACGUCGAGCGGCGCGCAGGAGUACACUUUCUACGGUAACCAGCCCGAGGAGGUGGAUCUGAGCAAGAUCAUGACCUCGGUGGAGGUGAACGGCAUGCACCUUAACAUGUCGGCAGAGAGGCUGGCCAAGAUCUUCGAUCUGAACGUUGUUGUGGCCCUAGAGGACUGCAACCUCUCGGUGAACCUGUCCAGCGUGUUUGACUCUUGACCUGACUUAAGCCACAUGGAGUUCAACUUCGAGGACUUCAACGAGGACAGCCUAGAGUUAGACAAUAUCUUCUCCUCGGUGGAGAACCUCCUAAAGACGUUCGAGAAUUACCAGAGCGAGGAUUUUUAAGGUUGGUCGCCGACUGUAGGUCCAGGUUUGAGUCAUAUUGACUUUUGUUUAAAAAGCGUUCCUGGAUAAGUGAUCACAUGACUUUUUGAUUUUUGAGUUAUUCCGAACGAGUUUUCUCUAAACUUGUGUAAAUAUGUUAAGUUUACUGUUAGUUUUUAAAAGUCUAACGCGGAUCUGUGAUUGUAUUAGCAGUUGUGUAAAAAAAUAGCGUUAAGGACAUUGUAAAAAUGAUGUAAAUAUCUUUAGUUCCUUAAACAUAAUGUGAAGACUUAUAGGUUAAGUUAAGAAAUAGUUUUUGUUGCUUUACUUUUUUAUUACAUUUUUCUAAAUAAAUGAGGC